CCCUAUUUUCUUUAUUAUCUCCCUCACUCUGAGGGGCCAGCAGGGAGAGGGGCGAACUCGGCCCCUUCUCGCCUAGCUGUUCCCCUGACUGUAAUGCAGAUACCAGGAACGUGGUUGAAAAUAACUCCUGGAAUUAAUAAUCACCUCAGCAGUUGCUGAUAAUUAGCGUUUGCACCAUGCAGUUUUCUGCAGUGAGACGGGGCCCUUCAGGCAUUCCAGCCUAAUCUGGAAAACUUUCAUUAGCUAUAUUUUUAUUAGAUUUGUAUUCUGCCAUUCCUCGAAGGAGUUCAGGGGGACAUAUGAUCUCUAAACACCCACAUAUCCUUUUAUCCUUACAACAACCCUAUGAGUCAGGUUGGGGUGAAAGCUUCCUUUAAGAAUUCUUGAGGUAUGAGAUGCUGAGAAUGGAAAGAUCAAGUCAAUUGUACUCUUGCCAGAAAACCACAUGGAUAGACAAGAUAGAAUGAUUGUCGAUGUAGUGCCGGAUGAUGGGCCCCUCAGGUCGGAUGGUACUCAACAUGCUACUGAGGAAGAGCUGAGGAUCUUUCAGAGUACCGAUGGUAUGACGAGUAGGGGAAGGGCUUCCUGCCUCUAUGGUUCCGGAAACUGUCGGGGAGAGAAAUACUGGCUCUACUUCUAAGAGGUUGAGAGCGGGCAGUCUGUGUAUCCCGCGGUGUGUGAGGUGGCCGCAUCUUUGCACGAGCUACGGCAUGGUUUCAGAACUGAAGUUCUUGGUUCCCUGGGGACACCUUGCAGCCAAGGCAUGGGGACCUCCACAAGGCCGGCCUGUGCUCUGUUUGCAUGGUUGGUUGGAUAAUGCCAAUACUUUCAACAGGCUCAUUCCGUUACUCCCUAAAGACUGCUUUUACAUGGCAUUAGAUUUUGGGGGGCAUGGUCUGUCAUCUCACCGGCCAGCUGGGUUCCCAUAUAGCUUCUUCGACUAUGUGGGUGAUGUGUACAGAGUGGCAACAGCUUUGAAAUGGAGGCGCUUUAUGCUCAUGGGCCAUAGUUUGGGUGGAAGUGUUGCAGGCAUGUUCUCAUGUAUUUUCCCUGAUUUGGUGGAGAAACUGAUCCUGGUGGAAUCCUAUGGCUUUUAUCCAGCACCAAAGGGUAAUGAGAGGGGCCCAGGAUUAAGUAGACAAAAGAAGCCACGCUCCCUGUAUACCCGUAGAGAUGCCCGAACAAGUUUAGAGGAAUGUGAUGAACUGCUAACGUCCAAACGGGAAUUGUUCGAGGGUCUGCUGAAUUUCGAGGCAAACCAGCUCCAGCCCCCCAAAGUGCGCAGCCCCGAAGCAGCACUCCAGCGGUUAUUAGAAGCAAACCCCCACCUUAGAGAGGAGAGUGGAAAGAUACUGCUGAAACGAGGGGCUACUGAAGUACCUGGAGGUUUGGUUUAUAACAGAGACAUGAGAGCCCUUUUGCACAACCACAGUUUUGUGACCCUCGAUCAAAGUUUGAACUUCUUGAAAAAAAUCCAGGCUGAUGUACUGAUGAUCACAGCACAAAACGGGAUUUUUACAACUCAGCACUUCAUUAAACCGCUCCAGGAAGCAUACAAGAACUUUCUAAAAGAGCGCUUCCAGUUAAGUGAAGUUGCUGGGAAUCACUUUGUCCAUCUGAAUGAGCCUGAGGUUGUGGCUGGUAUCAUCAGUCUCUUCUUAAACAAAGAUCAAAUACCUAAAGCCAGUCUGUAGCAAAGCACCUACAUCAUCAUGGCUUAACGUCCAGGAGUUGGACUCCCAAUGAAGAACCAAUCCUUACUUCUGCUUGAGUGAGAAGAUAGUUGCUGCUGAACUUUUACAAGAAUAAAUUGUGUGAUGUAAUUUGCACAGAAAAUAACUUAUAGGCAGCCAAUAAUCCUGUAAGGAACACUGGAGCCACAUUUACAUUUGUCAAAAAAUGUACCUUCUACUAGAGAAAAACUUCUGCUGCAUUUGAAUAGCAUUUUGGGGUUAAACAUUUUACUGAACAAUCUAGCCAACUUCAGUUCUUCCUUAUACCUGAGUUUUGUUGUGCACAAUAUGAUCCCACUGUUAUGCUCAGUGGGAUCAUAGGAGCUGGAGAGGGUGAGCGGAGGAUCAUCUUGAAAUUCUCAAUCAGGUGCUUGAUAUUAGCACUCACCAUAGCAGAUAAUUUUGCUGAGUCAAAGGCUAGUCAAAGUCUAACUGCUAUUCAGGUGUUAAAACUGUUUCAGUAACUACAUCUCAGGCCCUGCUCAUGACCCCACCAUUAACAGAGAUCCAGUUGGCAAGAACUAGAGACGGCCUUUUUGGUUGUGGCCCCUCAGCUUUGGAAUGCCCUGCCUGAAGAGCUUCACCAUGCUCCUUCCCUCAGUGUUUCUAAAAAACAUCUCAAAAUGCAGCUUUUGAAGGAGGCUUUUAAAUGCUCCAUUAUUGUUUUGUUAUAGAUCUGGUAGGUUCUUCAGCUUUUUAUAGUUUUCAGUUUUAAUUUGAACCUAAUAAUUGUGGUUUUUAAUCUGACUUUUAAAAAUUAAUUUUAUUACUUUUAUUAUAUCUGUGUCUAUCUUAUUGUGAGCUGCCCCGAGCAGUAGUGCACUGGAGGGCAGGGUAUACAUAUUUUAAAUAAUAAUCAAAAUAACUUCCAAAAGCCUUUCAGCAGAAGUACUUUUAAGGUUCUUCAAAGGCCUAGCGCAGGAGUGCAGAACUCAAAUGGCCCAGUGGGCCAGAACCAACCAUGACCUGCUGCAUGAAGCUGAGGUCAAUUUAAUGCACGUUAAAUUACUACAUUAAAAUUGGGUUGGAGUCUGGGAAAAAGGCAAGAGGAAAGAGGGAUGGUGGCAGUAGGCUUCAUUUGGGGGGCAGGGGACAUCUGGUCUCAAGUGGCCGACUACGAAUGUUCUACUUUGUUUUUAUUCUGUUGUAAACCACCCAGUGAUGUAAGUUUUGGGCGGUAUAGAAGUGUCCAAAUAAAUAAAUAAAUGCAUAGA